GAGAAAGGACGCGGGAGAGAGGGGGAAAGCCCCGCCGGAGACUGGCGCGCCGCAGCCCCGGCCGGGGCGAGCCCGCAGCGCGCGGCGGGGAUUGGCUGUGCGUUCCCUCGGAGACCGCGGCGAGGGCGGGGGAGGGGCUGGCCGGGCCCCAGCUGAGGCCGGUUCCGGCCCCCGGCCCCCGCCCCCCGCCGCCUCCCGGCGCCCGCCCCCCUCCCCCGGCGCCCGCCCCCCGCCCCGCCGCCGCCGUCGCCGCCGCCGCCGCCGCCGCGGGCGCACUCGCCGGUCGCAUUGAAAAGGCGGAGGCGGCGGCCGCUCCGGCUCCGCUCCGGUUCCCGGUGCCUCCCCACGCCGCACCCCCUCCCCGCCUCCCGCACCCGCCAAACUUGAUGUGACCCCCCAACCCGACGCGGCGGCUGCCCCUCUCACCGCCACCCCGCCCCGCACCCCCGGAGCGCACUGCUCACCGCGCCCCUCCCCACCUCCUCGCCGGGGCCGGGCGCCGCGCUAGCCCUCAGCGCUCCCUUCCCCUCGCCACCCCCGCCCCACCCCACCCCCCGCACCAUGAGCAACCUGAAGCCGGACGGCGAGCACAGCACCGGCGCGGGCACCGGCGCGGGCUCCGGCGGCGCCCUGGAGGAGGAGGUCCGGACACUGUUCGUCAGUGGGCUCCCUGUGGAUAUUAAACCCAGAGAACUCUACCUGCUCUUCAGGCCGUUCAAAGGGUAUGAAGGGUCCCUGAUCAAGCUCACAUCAAGACAGCCUGUUGGUUUUGUGAUCUUUGACAGCCGGGCAGGAGCAGAAGCAGCCAAGAAUGCAUUGAACGGUAUUCGCUUUGAUCCUGAGAACCCGCAGACCCUGAGGCUAGAGUUUGCCAAAGCCAACACCAAGAUGGCCAAGAACAAGCUAAUGGCUACACCAAAUCCCACCAAUGCUCACCCUGCCCUUGGAGCACACUUCAUCGCACGGGACCCCUAUGACCUGAUGGGGGCCGCUCUGAUCCCCGCAUCCCCGGAGGCCUGGGCCCCCUACCCUCUGUACACUACGGAGCUGACCCCAGCCAUCUCACAUACUGCGUUCACCUACCCAGCCGCCACCGCUGCUGCUGCCGCCCUGCAUGCUCAGGUGCGCUGGUACCCUUCCUCUGAUACCACCCAGCCAGGAUGGAAAUAUCGGCAGUUCUGUUAGUUCUUCAGUCUUGUCACCACAGCUCGAGGCCCCGGGGGGAGGAAGCCGCCCUUAGCGCCCCCCGUCCCCAGGUGGCCCUGCAGAGCUGCUGCUGCUGCCCUCCAAAGACUGUGAAUUUUAAGCCUGACUCAGUGGACUGUUUUCCUUCCUCUCUUCCUCUUCAGCCCUGCCCUGUCCCGCAGCCCCACUCCAAGGCCUCACAGCUGGAUUCAGGGGCCUUCUCGCUGGGACCCCCAGGCCCAGCGGGGAGGCCUCCCUGGGGACUGAGCAAGGCCCGGCCUCCAGUCCAAAUCUGCUUCCGUAGCCCCACCUCAAAGACACGAGGCGUUUAAUUCUGCAUGUUUUCUGGCAUGAAUUAAGACACUUAAACUUGUGUAUAUGUGAGUGUACAGUUUGUUCUCACAUUGGGUCACCACGGCAACAAGGCCUGGCCACUAACAGCUCAUCAUUCCAGGUCCCUCUCCCCACACCCCUGCCCUGCACCACCCGGCUUCAGUGAGGACCAAGCCCCGCAGCCAGUUCCACCCGGUGGCUGGCACCCCACCACCACCACCACCACCCCACUCACUUCCAGGCUGAACAGGAAGGACCACCCAGCCAAGACAGAACAUUUUCCUGGUCAUUUCAAAUCAGGGUCCUCUGUUUUCUCCUCCUCAGAUGGGCCAACAACCAUUAAGAAAAUCCUUUCUCUGCCCCUUUUGCUUACCUCUCCCCGGCACACCCCACCCCUGCCAUGGCUCCUCAUUCUUUCCAAACUUUGAAACCAACCGAAAAAGUGAAAGUAUUUUUGUACCCUGUGUAACAAAAUAUUUAUGCAACAUAAAGGAUUUUUUCGUGUGUGUGUGCAAUUAAUUAUUGAAGAGACCUUGUCCGCCUUGUCAGAUAAGUUUAACGUUUUCAUUUGAGGCAUGAAGAAGAAAAGGGUUUCCGUUCUCCAGCAGUGAGCCUUAGCGUCAGCCAUUAGUUUAAGAAAAAUGAAGGAAAAAUUGUGCAAUUUUUUGUUUCAUGAGCACAUCAGUGCUUCGCCUUUGGCCGCGGCCGCGGCCGUCUUGCCGUUUUCAGACUUGGGAGACGAGGUGGCUGUUGUAAUUGCUGAGCCUGUGAGAAUGUGAAACUGGAUAAUAUAUGAAACGCAAAAUAAAAGAAAUCAUCCAAAGUAA